AUGGUGCCCUUCAGGCCCUACUAUGAGCAUCACUUCCGCUGUCUUGGCACGGCAGAUUUUGAGAACUUGUACGGGAAGUUCCGGGUGGAGAAGCAAACUGCUUCGGCUACAGCUGCAGCCGCUGAAGAGAUUGUGCCGUUCGCCCGGCUACCCUCUGUGGGAACAUGGCUGGGAUGGAAGGGGGACGAUCCCAUCGACCGAGCGAACAUGCAUCCGCUGAGCGGUGGAAGGGUGACUUCUCCGGUGGCACGGCUGGCAUCGCCGAUGUCGCCCAUGUCGCCGCUGUCGCAGGACUCUUAUGACGUGGAGAACUUGGAUGCUCCACAGGACUGCGCCUUCAUUUCAAAGGAUGUGGUCGAUCGCGUGGUUUUCCAGGGUGUGAACCAGCUUGGUUCACCCGGAACACCCAGGGCAUUUCACGAGGCAUCUCCAGCAUCGUUAGCUACGGCGAAUGAGCUUGAGGCGUCGCCAGCCUCGCAAUACGUGUCUUUCUUGACAAGUUUGCACCUGCAGGCAGAAGACGAUCCGCUUGAGGCCUCUCACGCCUCUCAGGCGACGCUUGGAGGUGCAGAUCUUGGCCCAGCAGUGACCUCCCCGGCAUCUGCAGCCGCGCUGUAUGUGUCGUUCUUGACGACCUUGCUUCAAGAUGUGGAGCUUGCUUCGCCCAGAUCUGUUUUGCCAAGACCAGCAGAAAUGGUUCCAUUCAGGCCGUACUAUGAGCAUCACUUCCGCUGCCUUGGCACGGCAGACUUUGAGAACUUGUACGGGAAGUUCCAAGUGGAGAAACAAACUGCUUCGGCUGCGCCUCCGGCGACUGCUGAAGAGAUUGUGCCGUCAGAGAUUGUGCCGUUCGCCCGGCUACCCUCUGUGGGAACAUGGCUGGGAUGGAAGGUGGCAGAUCCCGUCGACCGCUGGGAAGCUCCGCUGAGCGAUGGAUCGGCUUCGCCGGCCACUCGCAAUGCCGCGGAGCUGGCUCAGGCGGCGCUGGCACAGGCGCGGCUGGCCGCAGCCUCGCCGAUGUCGCAGGACACUUGUGACGUGGAGAACUUGGAUGAUCCUCAGGACUGCGGCUUUAUUUCAACGGAAGUGGUCGACAACGUGGUCUUCGGCGGCAUGGGCCAGUUCAAACCCGGGACGCCUCAGUUUCACCAGGCAGAUACAUCCCUGGUGGCCGUGGAGCAAACAGCUAAGGAAGAGGCCAAUCAGAAGGUGGUUGACAGGGUCCUGUCCAAUGCAUUGCGAGUGUUACCUGGAUGUGAUGCCUCAGAGGCAAUGAGGUCCGUUGGCGGGCAAGACGAUGUGUCAAACGCGUCUCCGGUAUCUGGAGCUACGGUGAAUGACUUUGAGGUCACCACUGACGCAGAUGUGAUGGUUGGCCUGGUGAUUGACACCAGCGUGGCAAGGAGCUCGAAGCCACGCGAUGGCUCGGAAGCGUCCGAGGUUGUGGAUGCAGUGGUAGCGGGUGAAGCGGCUGUGGCGCGAUCCAUGCAGGAAGUGGUGAGUUCCAUGCAUAGCCCUGAGAAUCCCAACACCUCUCCCAACAGUCCGCAGUGGGCCAACUCCUCUGUAGGUGUUGAAGAUGUGGCAGCUUCUGUCCAGGGCCUGGAUGACGCCAUCGCUGACAUCCACAAGGAGCCCACCCCGGGGCCCAGGGACUCCCGGGACUCGCUGAAUAUCACCAUUUUUGUGGCUGAAAGCCCGCACUUGCUUAGUUUGGAGUAG